AAUAAUAUCACAAAGAGAUCUAGAACGUCUCUGAGAUCAGAUCGAACUACUUUCUUUCUGGGUUUCGUUCGAUUGAUCUCCAUAUUUAUAUAGAUUAUCCGCCAUGGACUCACAACCACCAGCUGCAGCUGAGGAGGCAUUGAUGAACAACAUGGAGAAUGGAGGCCGAGGAGAGCCUAAGGGAUUGGUGAACAAGGAGCCCUGGAAUGGAAGAUCAGCACAUAACGUUUCGUCUUCCAUUUUGCGGAAGAAGUCGGAUCCAGCACUUGUUUCGAAAAUUAGGUUCAAAAUGCUUAGACAAUUGUUGGCUAAUUUGCAAGAGGUGGUCCUUGGCACUAAGCUUGCCAUACUCUUCCCCGCCAUUCCUCUAGCUGUUGUUGCAGACUUCCAUAAUUUCGGAAGACCUUGGAUAUUCACCUUGAGCUUACUUGGACUCGCCCCGCUUGCUGAACGUGUCAGCUUUCUGACUGAGCAAAUCGCAUACUACACUGGUCCCACAGUUGGAGGGCUUCUGAAUGCAACGUGUGGGAAUGCAACGGAGCUAAUAAUUGCACUAUUUGCUCUUCACGAAAACAAAAUACAUGUUGUCAAGUACUCCCUCUUGGGUUCCAUCCUUUCCAACCUCCUCCUUGUUCUUGGCACCUCUCUUCUCUGCGGAGGCUUGGCCAACUUAAAAAAGGAACAAAGAUAUGACAGAAAACAGGCGGAUGUGAACUCGCUCCUCCUGUUGCUUGGAUUGCUAUGCCACCUAUUGCCCUUGAUGUUCAAAUAUGCCGCCGGAGUUGACAAUUUCACUGAUCGUUAUACCCUUCAGUUGUCAAGAGCAAGCAGCAUUGUCAUGCUUAUAGCAUACAUUGCAUACAUCUUCUUCCAAUUAAAAACCCACAGGGAAAUUUUUGAAUCACAAGAGGAUGACGAGGAGGAAGAAAAGGCAGUGAUAGGAUUUUGGAGUGCCUUCGCUUGGCUGGUUGGCAUGACAAUCAUCAUAGCUGUGCUAUCGGAGUACGUCGUGGGAACUAUCGAGGCCGCAUCGGAUUCUUGGGGAAUCUCUGUCAGCUUCAUCAGCAUAAUUUUGCUACCAAUCGUUGGAAAUGCAGCAGAACAUGCUGGAUCGAUCAUCUUUGCAUUCAAGAACAAGUUGGACAUAUCUCUGGGUGUAGCUCUGGGAUCUGCAACUCAAAUUUCCAUGUUUGUGGUUCCUCUAAGCGUAAUUGUUGCUUGGAUAAUGGGUAUCCGCAUGGAUCUUGAUUUCAGUCUCCUUGAAACUGGUUGUCUUGCUUUUACGAUCAUUAUCACAGCCUUCACUUUACAGGAUGGAACUUCGCAUUACAUGAAAGGAGUCGUACUGUUCCUAUGCUACCUUGUCAUUGGUGCUUGCUUUUUUGUCGAUAACAUCCCCAUGAAUGAAACAAACAGCAAGUUGGGUGUUAAACUAUCCUCUGGAGCCUGAAUGCUUGAGCUGGCUACGUGGUUUGGGAUUUACAUGGAUCCCAAACUGAAAGGAUGGUGCAAUAUUAUCCAUAAGUUUAGUACGUAGUUAAAACAAUAUUAUGAUCAUCAUCCAUUUUGUGAAGCACCGGAACAUUAAACUUUGGUUAUAAUUCCCAUUUCAAAUUUAGAGAGAUCAUGAGUAGUUGUGGGGCAAUUGAGAGCUCCAUCAAAUACGGAUAGAGGUCUGCAAAAGCUACAGGCGCAAGUCCAAGAAAAGAGGAGAAUUCGAUCUUCUUAAAAGUUACUUCUGAGAUCAAGAAUGCAUGCAUGCAUGCAUGCAUUUUCAAGCUGAUCAAGAUGUUUUUUGUAUAUAUAGUACUACUACUUCUAUCUGCGAUGUCUCUGCAAUAAGGCUUUAUUUCUAAAUUCCAGUACUUCAUAAAAUGGUGGUGGCAAAUGCCAAGCAGCAGUGCCUUCUCUUUUACCACCCACCCACCUCUCUUCUUUUUUGUUUUUGAAAUUUUAAGUUUCUAUCAUUUUGCAUGUUUAAUUUAAGCCGAUCAUCCAUGUUGCUCUAGAGGAAGAGAUGGCAUCACGUCAAUAUUUGAUGUAAUAAGAAAAUUCCGAGGUUUCUUUUUAUUUCAAUUCUAUAUUUCAAUAAAAUCAAUGAAGUUUUUUUAA